CCGUCCAACGCCAUUUUGAUGAAACAGCGAGAAGAAGAAGUGUCGUGGACCACCGAAAUGGAUUUUAUGGAUUAAACCCCAAAUACUAAUUCGGAUAACUUCUUUUUUUGUGCGGGAAAAUAAUUAAUGGGAUAAGUGGAUUCUUCCUCUGACUGUGUAACCGGGUGGAUUUGGUCAUCGGGCUGUGGUAUUACUGUUAGCUCAGCUUCGCUAGACGUUAGCUAUUGUUAGCUCGUUCGUGUGUGUGAGCCGCGAGGCGAGUGUUAAAGCGUUUUCUGCAUUAGCAUUUUACACGGGAGACGUUGCGAUUUUUGAAAGAAUAGUUUAGGUCUGGCAGCAGUAAUACCAACCUUGGACUCGUUCGGGACUUUUUGUGGGGCCUGUUUGCCUAAAAGAACAGUAACAGAAGGAAGCCAUAAGGACUGUCGGGAAUCCCAUAGGCCCGCAGCUUGCGGCAGGCCGUUUCAGGCUUUCUUUCCAUCAAGGACUAUUCAUCAGGGACUUGACCUCGUUAACGUGUAAUAAAACACGUCGCUGCAUGGACACUUUUGGAUUUGCUCGCACACUGACGUGUGCUAUGGGACUGUGAAGGACUGUCGAGGUACACGGUGCCUCCAAAAUGGCGCUUUGGCCUCGGCUCGUUCGUUUUUCUUAACUGUGUCGUCAUCUGCAAGCUGAACCUUUUUCUAUUUUAGUAUUUUACUUUGUCAAGUGUUUCAUCGAACAUAACGUUACCAAUUAAAGUUACCGUAUUUAGACUGUGUCCAGUGUUGACGCUGUUUAAUUUCCUAAUAACAGACCUGUGUUCUUUAGGGGAAAACAACACAUUUUGUCUGACUUUGAGUACUCAGAGCUAUAAAAAUGUCGUGUGUUCACUAUAAAUUUUCUUCCAUACUGGACUACAACACAGUCACUUUCGAUGGGCUGCAUAUCACCCUCGGUGAGCUUAAGAAGCAGAUUAUGGCCCGGGAGAGGCUCAAGGCUACAGACUGUGACCUGCAGAUCACCAAUGCGCAGACUCGAGAAGAAUACACAGAUGAUGAAGCACACAUUCCAAAACAUUCAUCUGUCAUCGUCCGCCGUACUCCAAUUGGAGGAGUGAAACCUGCUAGCAGGACGUUCAUUGUAGAUCGUUCUGAAACAGCUAUGGUUGGAUCUUCUAGACCCACGGAUUCUUCUCCUUCUUUGACUCUCGCCCAGCUUGCCAAGACUGCAAACCUGGUUGAUGCAGAUGCCUCUGAAGAAGACAAGAUUAAAGCCAUGAUGACUCAGUCAAAUCAUGAAUAUGAUCCCAUCCAUUACUCAAAAAAGGCAGUCGGACCCCCUCCAGCUAAUUAUACCUGCUAUCGAUGCAGAAAGACCGGUCACCACAUUCGGCAUUGCCCCCUAAUUUUGGCGGAGGACAAAAGUGUUGACGGUCCCAAGCCAGUUAAAACCAGUAAGGGCAUACCACAGAGCUUCAUGGUGAAAGUGGAGCCAGGAGCAAAGGGAGCCAUGUUGACGAGCACCGGAGAAUAUGCCAUACCUGCCAUUGAUGCAGAGGCAUAUGCUCAAGGGAAGAAGGAGCGCCCUCCAUUUGUCCCUCAUGAGCAGUCGUCGUCCGAGGAUGAGGCUGAUCCGAUCCCAGAUGAGCUCUUGUGUCCGAUCUGCAAUAACCUGAUGACCGAUGCUGUGGUCAUACCCUGCUGUGGAAACAGUUACUGUGAUGACUGUAUCAGAACUUUCUUGUUGGACUCAGAGGAGCACAUCUGCUUCACAUGCAAACAGUCGGACGUUUCACCUGAUAAUCUCAUUGCUAACAAGUUUCUCCGACAGGCUGUUAACAACUUCAAAAACGAGACCGGAUACACCAAGCAGGGACGCAAACAGAUCCAGCCUCCAGUCCCCCCUCCACCUCGCCUACAAUUAGCCAGACCUCUACACUCAAGACAGCAGGACCCCCUUCUGGCUAAUGUUUCUAACCCUCUUCCAACAAGUGCACCCUCAACACCCCCUAAAGCAGAAGUCCCACCCCCUGCAUCUUCUACUGCUGCAUCUGCCACUCCUCCUGCAACUCCUAGUCCACCUCAUGCUGCUGAAGAUGAAGGCCAGGCUUCACCAGUUCCUGAACCUGUUGCUGACAGUCAUUCUCCUGUGCAUUCAAGCAUUCACAGUGACCCACCCCCAUUAGGAGAGGCUGAGGCAGAACCACCUGUGAGGCAUUACUCUCCUGGACUGCCAGAAAAUCCACCACAAAGCUACAGUUUACCGGUCAUUAACCACCUGCCAGCUGCAAGACCAAGUCACCCAUCAGGUCACCAGACGAUGCCUAACCAGCCCCACAGAGGAAGGAAUAGACACUGGUACAGAAGUAGAGGAGACCAUCCCUCCAGUCACAUGCAGGCAGCUCCACCUCCUGUACCAGUCCCUCAAGUCUACCCAUCUACCCUGUACCUGCCCCCUCCCCAGCACUACCCUCCUCCAUACGGCUCUGGACCGGGUCUUAUUCCCCCACCUGCCAUCAGUUUCCAGCCUCAGCCUGUCUAUGGCCCUGGACCUCCAGGGCUCAACCCUUCCUGGGUCCCCCCUAGUGUCCAACCCCCUCUUGUUCCUUUACCACCUUUAUCACAGCCGCCUCUUUCGGAAGAGGAUUUUCUCACACAAAGGCACCACCGACAGAACAAAGUUUCAUCCAAAUUGGAAGAAUUCACUAAAAACUUCCAUGAAGAGCUGAUUCAAUACAGAAAUCCACCAAAGAGACCGAGACGAUCUUAUUCCAGGUCCCGGUCAUAUAGUCGCUCACCAUUCAGCCGCUCACCGUUCAGCCGCUCACCGUUCAGCCGGUCUAGAUCAAGAUCCAGGCCUAGAUCAAGAUCUGGGUCUUACGGUUUUUCUCUGAGUCGAUCUCGUUCUCGCUCCCAUGGCCGCUCUUAUGGUCGCUCUUAUGGUCGCUCCCCUUAUUCUAGACGCAGUGGACGCAAUUAUGGACGUUCACGAUCAAGAUCCCGCUCUCGCUCAAGGUCUUAUGGCCACCGGCGCUCGGGGUCACCACGAUCUCCUGUCUCCUAUCGUGGAGCUGGAUGGGAUGGUGCAGAAGGUGUCAGACCCUACAGGUCAAGAUCACGUUCUCCUGGUGGCUAUCGAAGCCAUAGCCCUGGCGGACGAAAGCCACCUCCUCGGGACUUGGUGCCAUUUGACCUAAAGGGAGCAAGUCCUGGAGGACCUGAGCGUUGGGGAAGAGAGCGAUAUCGACAAUGGGAGAAGGAGUACACAGACUGGUACAACAAGUAUUACAAAGACUAUGACAACCUGCAUCACAAAGCUCAUGGAAGCCGAGACCGGGAACGAGGAAAAAUAUCGUCAUCGUCUAGGGAUUGCUCUCCCCAAGGCAGAGGAAGACGAGGGAAGGAGGAGAGAGGUGGCCCACCUCAUCGUCUCCCUUCUGCUGCAUCAGGGACAAAGUCUGGUACUAAAAUGUUGAAGACAAAGAAAAUCAGAAAGCGAAAGUCUGGAGAGGAACCAGAAUUAUCUCAGUCACUCGACAGAGGGGAUGCCACACCUGUCAGAGAUGAACCAAUGGAUGAAUUAUCAUCACUCAGUAAAACGCCUCCCAUCACUUCAAAGCCUUCAGGUGUUGCUCCGGGUACUAAAGCCCCAGUGGCUAAAGGUACUGCUACACCCAGUAAACCUGUAACCAAGGUAAUGUCAAAGAACCAGUUGGAUAAAACUAAGAAAGAAAAAGGUCUAAAGGUAAAAACUAAAGUCAAGACAGAGGGGAUGAAGGCUAAGAGUGACAAAGUCAAGAAAACAUCUGGAGAUAUUGUGUUGACCAACAAAAAAGACUCUUCAAUCUCAUCUGUCACUAAACCAUUAAAGUCCAUUAAAACCAAACCAGACGAUGCCUCAAACUCAGCUGUACCUAAUAAGGAGAAGAGUAAAAGCUCCACGGUACGGCCCCUGCCUGCGAAGACCCCUCCAAAGUCCUCCCAAAAUCUGCCUUUACUCCGUGUUGCUCUUCACGAUGGCACUCGCCCCGGGCACGAUGUACAGGAUAGAAGAGAUCUGUCAAAGAGUGCUGGUCUCCUUCCUCAUCCCAGCAGACCGCCUCUAAUUCCCAGACCUCCAUUCCCAAUAGAUAGUUGGAGGAAAUUUGGAGAGGAGGGUCACAGUUUACUUGGACCUCCCCCUGACAAGCUAAGGAGAAUAGAUGGAUUGGGAGGAGGACUUGAGACUGCCUUUUACUCACACAUCCAUCAGCCCCCAUUCCACAGACUCCCACACCCUUCAGACAGGCCUAGACUCUCCCUACCAGGGGCCGAUCUGGGCCGAGGGGACCUGGAUCGAGGAGCCAUUCGACCUCAGUUGGACGUUCAGAAACCAUUAAGAAGAAUAAAGCUGAACAGAGACUUGGGGAGAAGAGGCAGUACAGAGACACCACCUGCUGAUCGAAAACAGUCGGGUCUCGACAAAACAAGCUCCACUGCUGUAAAAGUCUUUGAAGGAGACAGACUUAGGGCCACUACAGAGGGGGCUGGAAGGAAGGAACGAUCAACAUCUGCUGAAAGGGGAGCCUCCAGAGACAGACCAAGCAGCGCUGGAGAAAGACACCGUGGCUCAGACAAAGAGAAGAACAGAGAGCGAGACAGGCCUUCUGGUUUGGAUAGAGACAAGGAUUUGGGCCCCAACAAGGAAAAGGACAAAGUCUCUUCAGGCUCACAGAAAGCAGCAGUGGACAAAGACACAGAGGGAGAAAAGUUAAAGACAGGACGAAAAAGCUCUAAUGGUGGAAGCCGGGGAGGAAGGUCCAUAUCUUUGGAUAAAAUGACGAUCGGAGAGAAAUCUGCCAUCUCCAAAAAACAGGCAGAACAAGAGAAACCAAGUGUAUCUGCCAAGUCUGACAGAAGUGAGUCCAAGGACAAAAUAGAGAAGAGUUCCCUCCCAGGAGAAAAACCAUCUGCUGCUCAAAAAGAAGGGGGUAACAAUGGUCAGGAGGCGACUGCGAAGAGCAAACCCAAGAUCGGCCGUAAGGCCCUGCCGAGCCAUACGGCGAGCUCCAAGUCAACUCAACAGAAGAAGCCAGACUCUGAGAAAGACCAGAAGAGUGUGUCUUCAGAUACACCUCCAUCCAGCCCUGUGAGGAGACGUGAUCGCAGCCCAAGUUUUAGUCCUGCUAGAGAGGAGCCCCUCAUUCAACCCCCUCCACGCUCCAAGUGGGAGAGGGAAGAUGAUGAGGAUGUGCAGGAGGAAGAUCUUCCAGCACCCAUCAAGGAACCCUCACCAGUGCUUCAUCAGUGCCAUGGGAGAGAGGGCCACCGCAAAGCCCUCAAACCUAUCAAAAGCGAAGCCCGAGAAGCUUCGAGGGAGGAGAAGACAGGUAAAGCACUGAAAGAGGAGGGGAAGAGUGGCAGGGCUGCACAGACAGAUUCAGACAAACCAGUCAAGUCAAAAAUUGUGAGGGAUGAGCCUAGAGGGUCGAAAGAGGAGAAGAGAUCUGCAGCAAAAGAGGAGAGACGAGGAAGAGACGAGGGGCGAGGAGUGACUGGGAAGGAGGAGAGAGGAGCUGAAGGAAGGGUAGGUGGAGGGCGGGAGGAAAGUCGUGGCCCAGAGCCCAAGAGGCAGCGGCUGUGCUCUGACCUGACGCGUGAGACCGAUGAGGCGGCGUUCGUGCCCGACUACAGUGAAGGAGAGGGCUCGGAGCCGGAGAGAGGGCGGAGCAGCAGCCAGAGUCCGUCUCUCAACCAACCCUCCCACAGCCCGUCAGCGAGCAACCACAGCGGCUCAGCCACCACCACCGCUGCCGACAAGAAGAAGAAGAAACACAAGAAGCAUAAAAGACACAAGAAGCACAAGAAACACAGCAGCCAGGACAAAGGAGAGUCCAAGCAGCACAAGAGCAAACACAAGAAGAAGAAGAAACACAAGAAGAGCAAAGACAAAGGAGUGGAGGAAAAGGAGAAAGAAGAGGAAGAAGAGACUCCACAGGCUUGAUUUCCAAAUAUCGUCACCUUCAUAGCUCCAAAUGAGAUGAUUAACUAAAAGCUAACGUUUAUUUUUCCGUUAGCCCUUUGAGGAAACUGUUGAUUGUCUGACAGGAUCAGCCUCACUGGUAAUCGGAGUCUCGUUGCUGCUGCGCUACAGACGGACACAGGCUUCCGCUGUGCCUGAAAUCUCUGCCGGGGACUUUUAAUGUUAGCCGAUGGGGCUCACAAACAUCUCCAGAGUGACUCUGAAGCACUGUUUUAAUCAGCCAAGAGGCGAGCUAAGGACUCGUAGAGAAAUGAUUACGCAGCAAUCAGUUUAAUUGAUAAGGAAUAACAAACACCGUACUCAGGGAUAUGAUUGCUUCUUGUGGAGGAAGAAUGACUCUUCCUUUGGCUUUGAUUAGUUUGUAAAUACAGAUGCUUUUGUAUCAUUUCUGCUCGGAGUGAAUCACACCAGUGUUGCGUUUCAAGGCUUAAGUAUUCAACUAUCAUCGCUGACACAGUCAUUAUUGGCUUUGUUUUUUGAAGGACUCUACUAGCCAUUUUGCAAGUUUUAGCAUGUUUGCUGAAAAUUAGAGCUCUUGGUUAUUUGUAAUAAUUUUCAAAUAGGAAAAUGUGUCUAUUUUAUUUUAUUUUUGUCCUUAUGAGUGUAGGUUGUAAUUUUUUAUGGGUCAGGAGGGCUGGGGAAAAUCAUUGACGCACUUCAUGCAAGAUUAAAGCUUUACCAACUAAUUUUAUCAUUAAAACACAUUUUAGUUGCUGUUUGGGAGAAAAAUGAGAAGUUUGUGUUAAUAUUAAUGAGCUAAAACCUCCAAAAUGCCUAGUUUAGUUCUUAAAGUGCGUCGUUACAUGUUGGCACACUGGAUAGUGUAAAUUGAGGAGGUCUAUUUAAUAAAGACAAAUGGGUUUUCACAUUUCUGUUCCUAAUGUGAAUUAACGGUCCUAUUAAUGUGUGAAUGUUAUGUACAUAAAAUCUGCUGGAAAUGUGACAAAUUAAAGAGCAGGUGUUCUUACUAAUGACAAGUUCCUCAUUUUCUUCAUUUAUUUUUCUUCUUUCAUUAAAAUGACUGUAAAAACAUC